AUGUGGUCCGAGUUCUCUUUCUCUUGGAACAGCAGCAUCGUCACCAUACGCAGUUUCUCCGGGGGAGAAAGGAACGCGCCACCCUUGGCUACUGGGGCGUCCCUGUUGCCGCCUGCGCCACCCGUCUGGAUGAAUCGAGGGGCGAGCAGCAAUCCAGGAAGCGCCGUGCAGCUCCCCUCCAUCCUGUAUGCCCUGUACGCUCUGAGCUCUUCCCUUCGGACUCUUCCAGAGAGCCACUUUGGAGGGCUGCCCCUCGCCAAGCCUCAAACAGGAACGCAGCCCCGCCGGCCCCAGGAAAGGCAUCCUGUGGUCGGCGAGCUACUCCUAACCUUGCUUGGCCCUGGCCCUGGUGCUAUGCGCUUCAACUCGACACACAGUGACAGCGAAGGGGACUCUGUAGCGCUCGGCAAGUUGCAGCGGGGCAAACGUCGGGCACACGAGCGAGCUCUGACAAGUGACAACUUUGUUGCGCUCUGGCAGGUAUCCCACGGUAGCGUCGUAGUUGGUUUUCUUGCCUCUCGGCGGACCCCGAGAGAUCCUAUUUCCAGCAGCACCAGCAGGGCAGCGCGCUCAAUGUUCUUCGUCCUUGUCUCUAUUAGGGCCUCGUUCGUGCUGUCCUGCAUACCCGGCGUUCCAGUCGAUGUGGGUAUCCUCGCUGCUGCACAGAACACGGAACAGCACUUGCAGCUCCCCCCUGAGAACACCGAUUGGAAUACGGGCAGGGGAGGCGAAAGAACGGUUUUUUUGGGUUCGACUCUGCAUGUCGGUUCGUCUUGGCCCUGGGGGAAGAGGAACUCCGGAAUCCAAGGCCCCAAAGGCGUCUCCGGUAUCCGUAUCAUCGAGUCGAACACGAGAAGACGCUAA